CCGCGCUCGAGCUGUUGCCUCUCACGCCGUCUAGCGCCCUCGGUCCAGCGCAGUCGCCGUCUUCGCCCGGCUCGGCUCGGCUCCGCACCGCACCGCACCGCGCGCACGGGGGAGAGGGCGGCUUCGGAUCCCCGCCUAAAAUGACUACUGUAUAAAUGCCGUAGCAUAAAUGGCGUCCAAAGUAACAGAUGCUAUAGUCUGGUACCAGAAAAAGAUUGGGGCUUAUGACCAGCAAAUAUGGGAAAAAUCUGUAGAACAAAGAGAAAUCAAGGGUUUGAGGAACAAGCCAAAGAAAACAGGGCAUGUCAAGCCAGAUCUUAUAGAUGUUGAUCUUGUAAGAGGUUCUGCCUUUGCUAAAGCUAAACCUGAAAGUCCUUGGACUUCUCUGACUCGAAAGGGAAUUGUUAGAGUAGUUUUUUUCCCAUUCUUCUUCAGGUGGUGGCUACAAGUGACAUCACAAGUUAUUUUCUUCUGGCUCCUCGUCCUUUAUCUUCUUCAAGUUGCUGCAGUAGUAUUGUUCUAUACUAUAGAAGGCCCCCAUAAUAUACCUCUGACUGAAGUAAUAGGGCCAGUAUGGCUCAUGUUGCUUCUUGGAACUGUGCAUUGCCAGAUUGUUUCAACAAGAACACCCAAGCCAGCUCCAAGUAUGGGAGGGAGAAGGCGAAGGAAAUUAAGGAAAGCAGCACAUUUGGAAGUACAUAGGGAAGGAGAUGGCUCUAGUACCACAGAUAACACACAGGAAGGAACAAUGCAGACCUACGGUACAAGCACCUCUUACAGUAUUGGCGUUUUCUUCAGAGAUAUCUGGCAUGCCGCUUUCUUUUUAUCAGGAUCAAAGAAAGCAAAGAAUUCAAUAGAUAAGUCAACAGAGACUGACAACGGGUACGUCUCCCUUGAUGGAAAGAAGACUGGUAAAAACUGUGAAGAUGGCUUACAAUCCCAUGAGACUCACUCAGAAGUUAUUAGAUCAGAAGAGAAAUGCUGGAGCACAGGAGCAGUCAGAAAUACAUAUAAUAAUUCUAGUCAUCAUAAAGAGACUCACAGAUCAGUGACAAACAUGUCUGAUGAAGUUUCAAGUGAGGAGGGGCCAGAAGCUGGGUAUCACUUGCGUCGUAAUGCAGAACGUGGUUCCAACGAGUGUGCAUUUCGAAACAGGAAAUCCCAUCAUUAUAAGAAACAUUAUCCUGUAGAGGAUAUCCCUAAAUCAGGCACUAGCUGCAGUUCUCGGUGUUCAAGUUCCAGACAAGAUUCAGAAAGCACAAGGCCAGAGUCUGAAACAGAAGACAUAUUGUGGGAAGACUUGUUACAUUGUGCAGAGUGCCGUUCAUCUUGUACCAGUGAAACAGAUGUUGAAAAUUCUCAAGUUAAUUCAUGUAUAAAGAAAGAGUAUAGAGAUGAUCCAUUUCAUCAGAGUCAUUUACCCUGGUUCCACAGUUCUAACCCAGGGCUGGAAAAAGUGAGUGCAAUUGUUUGGGAGGGUAAUGACUGCAAAAAAGCUGAUAUGUCAGUGCUUGAAAUCAGCGGCAUGAUAAUGAACAGGGUGAACAGCUAUAUACCAGGAAUAGGCUAUCAGAUUUUUGGAAAUGUUGUCUCUUUAAUCUUGGGGUUAACUCCAUUUAUAUUUCGACUUUCCCAAGCUAAGGAUCUGGAGCAUCUAGCUACACAUUCAGCUUCCGAACUUUACACUAUAGCAUUUGGGUCAAAUGGAGACAGAAUGGUUCUUUCCAUGGUUAUAAUAAGCUUUGUAGUCCGUGUCUCCCUUGUGUGGAUUUUCUUUUUCCUCCUGUGCGUGGCUGAGAGAACCUACAAACAGAGGCUGCUUUUUGCUAAACUAUUUGGCCAUUUAACAUCUGCAAGAAGGGCACGAAAAUCAGAAGUCCCUCACUUCCGGUUGAAGAAGGUGCAAAACAUUAAAAUGUGGCUUUCCCUCCGCUCAUACCUUAAGCGGCGAGGCCCUCAACGAUCAGUUGAUGUAAUAGUCUCAUCUGCUUUUUUGUUGACAAUUUCUGUUGUAUUUAUCUGCUGUGCACAGCUGCUUCAUGUACACGAGAUCUUCCUGGAUUGUCACUACAAUUGGGAACUAGUAAUCUGGUGUAUUUCAUUAACUCUGUUUCUCCUAAGAUUUGUUACACUUGGUUCUGAAACAAGCAAAAAAUACAGCAAUACCUCAAUAUUACUUACUGAACAGAUAAACCUGUACUUGAAAAUGGAAAAGAAGCCGAACAAGAAGGAAGAACUGACACUAGUGAAUAACGUUUUGAAACUGGCUACAAAAUUACUCAAGGAGCUGGACAGUCCCUUCCGGUUAUAUGGCUUGACAAUGAACCCUCUGCUUUAUAACAUCACCCAAGUUGUCAUUCUGUCUGCUGUUUCUGGUGUUAUCAGUGACUUACUUGGAUUUAAUUUAAAGCUCUGGAAGAUCAAAUCCUGACAUUUCGCAAAAAGGAAACCAGACACAAUCCUCUACAGAAGAGAGCUGAUUGACACAGCUGACUCAAAGCAGUCCCUGAUGCUGUGAUCAGAUGUUAUGAUCUCUUUAAGGAUAUCGUUUGAAAAACUGAGGUGUUUACAUCUGACUAUCUUGUGCAAUCUCUGUAUUUAUUUUACCUUUUCAAUUUUGUAAACUGUAUUAGCUGACAUUGUAUUUUAUUUUGAAACAUUGCUAAGCUUUGAAAGGGUCAAAAAUGGGUAUCCAGGCAUUUGAGAGCCCUUUAAUUGGUCAUUCAAAACUGAUCAAAUGUAUUUCAUUUUAUUUUAACUUUUUUGUUAAAAUUGGAGCCCAGUGAUGCUUUUAUACUUCUAAGGUUCUCACUAUAACAAUGUCAUGCUGAAGUCAUUAUACUGAAUACAUACUAUAAAAUGUUUAGAACAUUUCAUUGUGAUUCCCCCCCCCACCUUUCAGGGGCAGUAUCAGAGCACCAGCAUAUUGUUGGUUACAGUAGAAAGUGACAUGUACUGUAAUGACAAUGCAGUAGGCCAGGUAGCAGAAGUUUAUUUAUAUGUCUGUCUGUCUGUCUGUAUCCUAGAGCCAGCAGGUAUUGUUACUGACGUGAUUCUUGGAUUCUAAACGUACUGAGCUGAAGUUAAAACGUCACUGAAUAUUAGUAAGGUAUUAAAUAGCAGGUCAACAAGUGCUCUUGGAUAACAUUUUUAUUAGAGCAAUAAUUGUAAACUGUUACCAUGCUGUAAGAUAUUUUGAUAAAAAAGUAGCUAUAGUAUUUAUUUGAAACACUGGGCUGUUUGUACAGCUUUGACUGUGAUGCUCAACAUCUGCACUUUUAUUGUUACUUUUAAUAAUGAUCUUUAUAAAUACUAAAUGGAAUAUAUUAUGGUGAACUGUGGUGCAAUAGCAUUACCUCUGAAAGAUGGAUAUUUACACAGAGAGAGAGAGAGAGAUUAUAUACACUCAAGAUAAUUGCUGUCCAUAGGACACUGUAGUGUAUGUGACUUAUACCACAUAUGUAAAAUAGCAGUUAUGUGUAUGAAAUGAUAGCUCUUCUUUUUUAAAGAUUAAGUCCUAAACCUUUUCAGGAACAAGGAAUGUUGAUAUCAGUAGAAGCAGACAUUCUUGUAUUUGCAGACUGCAAUCCUUUCUACACUUUAGAGUAAAUUUAUUGAACUUCAUGGGCUUAUUUCUGAAUAAACAUGGAUUCAGGCGACUACUUUGCGAGCCUAACUUUCUAGCUCAGCCUUACUGAUUUCCAUCGGAUGGGUGGAAAUACUUUUAGGAAUGAGGCCCAAUUUUAUCCAGAUGCCAUUUGAUAGUAGUAAUGUGGUGUUGGGAUGCUUACUGUGUACAUUCAGAGCAUCCUUGGAUCAUUCACUUCAAUAGUACAGUCAGCUUUACAUACACAAAGAUAAGUAGACACCAAGCUGCCUUUCCAUUGAUGUGAGUGGGGUAGCCUACAUGCACAGUAACUCUUGUUGUGUGUGCUUUGCAACACACAAGAGAAUCUUGAGUAGGGUUUCUACAUCUGCAUAAGCAAAUGUGGUUUAAGUGUGUUGCCGUAUCACUGUCCUGAAGAAGUAUCAGUUUAUUUUUUUUAAAUGGUAUGACAUUCCCUUGUCCUUAGACAGCAGAAAUGGUACCAGAGGCAUUUUUUAAAAUUCAAAAAUAACUAACUAGUUUAUUUGUUUUAGAAAGGAAAGGUCAGAUGAAAUCAGGGGUUGAAAAUUUAUGAGGUAAUUCAACAUAUAUAACUCUGAAGUAAAAGCAAAACAUGCACAGAUUUCAGUUCCUACUCCUCAGAUACUUAAAAUACUUCUGUUUUGAGGCUUUUCUUCACUUGGUUUCUCCUAAACACUCUGGUAUACUUUCUUUCUGAUAUACUUUCUUUCAGUAUUCUCAGUCACUUUUGGACUGAGAAUUCAAUACCCACUUCAGAAUUCUCAUACCCACUUUCUAGUACCUCAGUCCCCUUCCUUCCAAGCACCAGUGCUUUCCUUUAGUUAUUAACAGAGGGCCAAGCUAGAAGUGAUCGAGUGGAGUGCAAGUGGAGCGCAAGUGAACAGGGAGGAAUAUAUGUCAGUCUGUUCACUUGCCAUUCAAGUGUAAUUCAUCACUUCUAGCUUGGCCCUGAAUCUAAAAGCAUCUAUAGGCAGUUUCUAACCACACUUGACCAGGGAUUUCUUCACUCUUCAGGGCUGCCUUCCUGUUUGACUGGGUAGAGAAAAUCUUCUCUCUUCGGAAGAUCCAUCCCCUUUUCCUUGGCCCAUUUGGAAGUCUGCACUCCCCAAACCUCCUUGCCAACGUUCCCCAGGUGUUAAAAUUGCUCCCUCUGUUAUAGGGCUCCGUCUCUCAGCUCUUCACACUCAAUCUUUCUCUGCUUGGACUGAAAACAGACACUCCUCUUUCAAGUGCAGCCGUGUGUGCAGCCCUUCCAGGCUUCUUUAAGACAUGCAGACCGUCACAUACGUUGUCCAAGAUGAAAAUCCUUUAUUUUCUUUAGUUCAUGAUAUCCUGUGAAAAUCGUAAGAAGAUUAUGUUAAAAGCAACAAUAUUAUAUAAAGUAGUCUGCAUUGGAGAAUGUGCAUUGUGUUUACUAUUCUCAGAACCUCAUAUUUUUGUGCACUUGUAACAGCAGAAAACAAUGUGCUGAUUUAAAAAACAAACUGAAAGUUAUCAUCAGACUUUCAGAAUUAUUGAGAGAGAUCCUUAGUUGUGUGGUAUAAGAUAUUUUUAUAUAUAAAGCAAAACAAAAAUUUUGUAUUUGUUUCUGUACUAAUGUUUAAUAAUGACCAAAGCGCAUUCUGUUUUUCCCUCCAAGGAAUGUAUUACUGGAGCUUUAAGAACAUGCUGUGACUAGUUUAUUAUGUAAACAUUUUUGGCUCUGUGAUCUCCUCUUCUUCAUGUGUUGUCAGAUAAUGGGGUUGUGUUUAGGAAUAAAGUAUAUUUUAUAUAUUUUUUCAGAAUACGGUACAGACCUACAUAGAACUAAAUUUUGCAUAGAAUAUAUUUUAGAGGAGGGAGUACAGCAGGAGCUCUGUAAAGGUAAAAGAUGACUCUUCAUUUUUAAAAAGUUCAUCUGUUUUUAAAACAAAAAUAUUUUAGCCAUUUAAAUGGUAACACGGUGAUGGUCUUAUUAAUGAGGAGCAGCAAUUUAUGUUCAAGGUGGAAGAUAGUUUGUGUCUGAACUAUGCCUCAGCAACUAGCAAUAUGCUGGAUUGUUGCACUAAUUAUGGCAGCAUGGGACAAUUUAAAUCAAGUAAAGUACCUCCAUAAUAAAGGCUGGUGUGUUGAAAUUGUUGCCGUUGUGUGUAUAAAUCAUGCAAGUGAAAGACUGAGAGUGUUUUACAUCCCUUGUUUGGAAAAAUAGAGGGAAGCAGAAAUGUGACGGAUCUUGUAUGUAGAACAGUUUUUGACACAUUUGUAACAAAGUGUGAUCAGGCUUGGAAUAAAAUGUUCUUUGACUGAUGGUAUAAA